GAUAUGUUUACCAAGCCGAAAGAAGCGUAUGAAAAGGCUCUAGACGCAUACGGGCCUAUCAUUCGCGUGCAGCGCAAAGGUCGAAUGGAGUAUAUUGUUGACGAUACCUUGACUUCGGCGGUCCUCACUGCCGACUCCCAAUUUAGUUUCGUGCAAGGAACAGCAAGUAUUCUCAACAUGCAUUAUGUCCUCACUUUUUUCCCUUGGUUCUACUCAGAAGUCGACGAUCUUGUACAAAACGCUAUCAACAAUCAACUCGAGAAUAUAGCAGAACGGAUAUUUCCCGUUUUCAUUCGCAAGGCAAUUCAACUAGUGGACCAUGCUUCAGGAACGUCCGUGGAUAUGUUCCAUUAUGCUCAUUCCAGUAUUGCGGAGGCCAUGAUUAUAGUGGCCUUGGGAGAGGUAAAACUGUCACUGACGAUUGCAGCGGACAUCGCAACUGUGGUCGGUAUUUAUCAGAAUACUUCUCCGUUCGCUAGGACCUUUCCUUCCGUUUGGCGUAUUUGCACAUGGUUUCGCAUCGUUGUCACGUCUAUCAUAGGUGUUUUUGUGCGCAUCCUGGGUCCAGUAAUUUGGAAUCAGCUACGCGCCAGAAGGUGGAAUAAGGAUGCCGUACUGAUGGGUGAUAGUCUACAUCUCAAGCCUACACUUUUGUCCUAUCUGGCAAUGAAGCACGCCGAUCCUGGUACCGGUUCUGUCAGUGUCUUCUCCACUAUUCGAAUCAUGUCAAUUUUAUUAGUGAAGAGCUUUUAUCAAACACCAUUUGAAAGUGCUUCUGUGGCGGUGUGGGUCAUGUUCCAGCUCGCCAUCCAUAAGGAGCACCUAGCAAGCCUACAAGAGGAGAUGCACGAUCACAUUGACCCGUUGACCCAUGACCUUGAUAUAUCGGAUGCAUACAACACGCUCAAGAAAGCAAUGCAUUUGGACUCAUUUAUUCGGGAGGUUCUGCGGACGAAAGGCGAUACGCUCAGGGUUUGCCGAUGCACAACUGAGGAUGUACCUCUCGCCGGUUUUAAGAUACCGAAGGGCAGUCUAGUAUUACCGUUCACCACUCUUUCUCACGAGAAUACCAAGUACCAUGGGCCUGACGCAUCAAUAUUCCGCCCGCAACGGUGGGAGGAAUCCGAAGCGAAAUCUGCUGUCAUGGGAAGUUCAAUUUAUUUCCCGUUCGGAUUAGGAAGAUGGGCUUGCCCUGGAAGAUACCUCGCCGUCACAGAAAUCAAGAUGAUAGUUUGGUCAAUGGUUUGCAGAGCAACUCCACGUCUUGAAGGAGACGCAUUCACGGUCAUCGAUCCGCUCAAUGUCACUUCGGUUCCUCCGGAAGGCGAGCUGAUACUAGAGCCGCUGUAUCCUUGAGGUAUACCGAUGAGGAUUGCUGUAGAUGGGGUUCCAAGAGUGUAAAAUAGCACGUCCAACGUCUCUUUGUGUGUAAGGAAUAAGUCCGGAUAUAGCGAUUCUUCUUCAUUUGUUCAUAUCACGGAUGCAACUGAAUAGUGUACCGGUAGCUCACGAUGAUUAUCGGCGAUGUCUGGAAGAACCUUAUGAGCGAUGAUAGAAGCCAUGAAAAUCAAUGAGAUCCGGCUGUAUAUGUGACAGAUGGUACACUUCACCUCAGACAUUGAGCCAUCUUUUACAGUGGAAUAUCAUUUGCUGUUGGUGUGGAUGGAGGCAGAGCGAAGGUCUUCGAGAUGGUCGACGGAGGCAAGGGCUGAAGGAGAUUGCAUCCGUGAAAUUGGAGGUCCCGACCCCUUUCCUGUGGAUGUGAAUGCGAUCUUUGAUCCUAAUACGGCGCCCGCUUAUAUUGUCCUUGUCGUGAAAUUGCAGAAUGUCUGAUGAU